CUCGGGGAUCGACGAUGAAUUGUGUCUCUGUGUGUCUCGGAUCCUUGCGCAUGGGGGGAGCGUGGCUGCGGAGCGCCUGGGAUGGACCCUCGCGGUGCUCCACAUCACAGAGCACUGCUCCUCCCGAGCCCGCGGCUUGCGCGCCAGCGCGGUCUCCGACCGUCGGCUCGAGGAGGAGCAGGAGGAGGCAGCCUGCUGGCAAGCGGUCGGGAGCGGCGCCGCUGGUGGCGCGACAGGCGCGGGGUAAGGGCUGGAGGGCAUAAAUCACGAGGCUGCGCGGCGAGCAAGGGAGGUCGAGGGUUCGUGAGGAGCUCGAAAACGCGAGAAGCCAAACACAUGGAAAAAAACAAUGACCAUCUACGAUCGACGAUCCGUGUGACGGGUGCGCGGAUCACAAUCGCGGCGGAAAUGUGGAUGGAGGAGGGUUAAAAAAGGCGGAGGGAAAGAGAAGGCCACGCUUGGGUCGGGCAUGUCCCCCUACAGACUAUGUUGGAACACUCCCCCCGUGGAGGGACAGGCCCCUGUGGAGGGACAGGCUAUUGGCUAUUUCUGGGCGAAAAGUGUCAAUGGUCCCAGCAUGUUCUAAAACAGCCGAGCACGUGCUCGAAACAUCGUCCACACACUAUGCUCGGACUAUUCUUGAAACACUCCCCCUGUGGAGGCACAGACCCGAGUCCGGGCUACGCGCCGCGGAGCGGAGCGGGGGGGGGGGCGCCGCCACAGGAGCCCCUCCGACGGGAGCCCGAGAGCACGGGGCCGCCGCGACAAAAGCAAGGGGAGGAGGGGAGGAGAAAGGGGUGGAGGAGGAGGAGGAGGAGGAGGUGACAGGAUCGAAACCUCACCGCAGCGCGAGAAAGCACCACGUCGGAGGUCGGGAGCGCCAGGCGCAAGGUGUGGCGAACUUCUCAGGGGCCACGUAGGCCCUCCAGACCUAACGAGAGUGGAGAGCCUCUUGAGAGGCCGAACGCGCAAGCUCGGACUCUUUUGCUCGAAGCUGGCUGGGCACCCUCGUCGAAACUGAUGCUGAUCCGUGACCCGGAUGCCGAUCUCAGGCCAGCAAGCGGGUGAGAAUGAUGAUGAUGAGGAUAAUGGAGGACGAGGAUGUGUAGGAGGAUAUUACAUGAUCUCUGAGGCCCCCGCGCGGAAGCUGGACCAGGACCUCACCGGAGCACCAGAGACAUCAUCAUCACUCGUGCAACCAACCCUUGCAACCCGCCGGUGCGACCCGACCGGGGCGGAUUGUUGUGACGGCGGGGUGGCCCCGUCCACGAAAUGUCCGCGAGGCUGAUGGUGCCGGAGUCCAUCUCCUCCAGGAGCAGCUCGUGCCUCGUCACCAUCGCGGGGUACUUGCUCAGGACUCGGGCGAACGCCUCCCGGUUCAGCACCGCCAGCUCCGAGAACUCCUGCGCGAUGAAGCUCGCGGUGCGCACGUGCUGCCUGUCCACGACGCAGGACUCGCCGAACCAGGACCACUUGCCCAUGGUCCUCCGGACGAGCGUGGCGUGCCGACCGUGGAGCAGGGACCGACCGUCCCGGCGUUCCCAUAGUCCUA